AUGUCGAGCAAAGCGGCCUUGAAAGCUGUACGCGCAGCAUUGGAAUCGAAAGAUUACCAAGAUGUGACCGAAAAAGCCAAGGCGCUUAUCAAACAAGACCCCCGGAACUACCACGCCCACGUCUUUUUAGGUCUUGCAAGCGAUAAAUUGAACAAAGAUGAUGACUCAGAGACUGCAUAUCUGGCCGCGACUCACAUCAAGGCCGACGAUAGAGCUGCUUGGCAGGGAUUGAUCUCAUUAUAUGAUAAACAAGGUGGCAGGAAACUUGAUUCCUAUCACAAUGUGGUUAUUCAGCUUGGAAAAAUAUUUGCCAAAAGUGACGAGAAAGAGCGCUGUCAGGAUCUGGUCAACAAAUAUGCGAAACUGGCAAAGAGUCAUGGAUCCAAACUCCAACGCAAAUCUUCGUUGAUGCUGCAAUUGCCGAGCUCACCGUUGUACGAUUUCCUUGAAGGGCGACUGCCUCAUCCGUCGCACACAUACUUGCGGUUGAUUGAAUUGGCCGAGAGCGACGAAAAAGAGUUUAUCAAUCGUGAGAUUGGGGAGCGGAGAACACGUCUCGGUGCGCGCAUUGAGAAUGUCACUCAGGAGGUCAAACGUGAAGCCUCUGAAAGGAGCGGGCUGGAUCUGCUUUAUCGAGGAAUAAUCGAUUGGACCAACGACGAUGCGGUACGACGUCAAUACGAAGAGAAGCUUUUCCAACGCGCAUAUGAAGACCUGUGUGUUUCUCCAGCAGACCAAAAGGCAAAAAAGAAAGACGUCGUCUUCAAAGCAGCCCAGGAUAUGGUGAUCAUUAAACAUCCGUUUGAGCCUGCAUGGAAGGUCUUUUUGACGUGGCAAGAUGUUCAAAAUUUCGUUGAAUAUGACGUGGGACACCUGCGCGAAUAUAUCGAGUUUUUCCCAGAGUCAGGAGUCUCAAAGGUUCUGAAAGGCUACCUAUCUAGUGAAUUGUCACCUUUCCCCAGUGAAGACGAAGACUCAGACGACCAAGAGGGCAAAGAAGGCGUGAUCUCUCAUUCUGAAAAUGAGUCCGGAGAUAACAUCACGAAGCUUGACAAGCAAACAGCCGCUCAGGAACGUCUCAUACUCAUGGUUGAAGGACUGGAAUCUGCCGGAAACUCAAUAAUUGCCCACCGUAUCAUGGCAGAUCUUUACCUUCAGUUAGAAGAGUAUGAGAGUGUGGUCAAUGUUACACGCAAAGGACUAUCGAAUGUCAAGGAUUUGGCUAAAAUCUGUGGAGUCAGAAUUCAAAACACGGCUGAUGCUAUGAAUAUUGCGCUUGCCAAUGCCUUGAUUCACCACCAAUCACCCCGGCAUCACCCAGAAGCAAAGGAGAUUUUUGAAAACAUCCUGGAAAGGCAUCCAACGUCGUGCAGCUGCUUACUCGGCAUCGGCCUGAUUUUGAAAGAAGAUCAGGACUAUGCUCAAGCCGUUGACUUCCUGCGUCGUGCCCUCGAACGUGAUACUUCCAAUCUUGUCAUUCGCGGUGAGCUUGCCUGGUGUGAGGCAUUGAAGGGCGACCUCCAAAUUGGAUUGGACGGUCUUCAAGGCGUACUUAAAGACCUGAAAGAAGUUCAGCCAGACAACAGACAGUUUCAAUCCGAGAUUCUAUAUCGCAUCGGUUACAGCCAAUGGGAGCUUGAUCCGUCCCCAGCUGCACGAAAAGACCGCACCCGUGCAUAUAGCAGCCUAUUUGCGUCCAUCCAGGCGAACAUGAAUUUCGCGCCUGCAUACACUAUCCUUGGUAUCUACUUCGCUGAUUAUAAAAAGGACAAGACGCGAGCCCGCCGAUGCUUCCACAAGGCAUUCGAACUUUCUACUUCAGAGAUUGAGGCCGCUGAGCGUCUCGCCAGGGGCUUUGCUGACUCCAAAGAGUGGGACCUCGUCGAAGCAGUUGCGCAGCGAGUCGUUGAAUCCGGCAAAGCCAAACCUUCCCCUGGAUCAAAGCGCCGAGGUUUUAGCUGGCCAUUUGCUGCAUUAGGAACUGUCCAAAUCAACAAGCAACAAUACAGCAAAAGUAUUGUUUCAUUCCAAGCAGCGCUCCGACUCUCACCAAAUGACUACCAUUCUUGGGUUGGCCUCGCUGAAAGCUAUCAUCACUCUGGUCGUUACAUCGCUGCCACCAAGGCAUUUGAGCAUGCCAAAACACUAGAGUCUGGACUAUCGGAGAGGGAGAAGGAAAAUGUGUGGUUCUCACGAUACAUGCUGGCAAACGUCAGGCGAGAGCUUGGCGAAUAUGAUGAUGCAAUCGCCAGCUACGACAAUGUUUUGAGCUCCCGGCCCGACGACAUAGGCGUGUCAAUCGCGCUCCUUCAGACCUUGACCGAGAGCUCGGCGAAGAGUCUCGGCUUAGGUCUUUUCAAUGAUGCCGCCGAAUUGGCAUGCCGAGCUUUAGUGUUGGCGAAAUCGUUGGCCCAGAUCCAGAGUGACAUUUUCAAUCUGUGGAAGGCUGUGGGCGACGCCUGUUCUUACUUUUCACACAUGAAAAGUAAACUAGUAAAACUAUCUGCUUCCGACUGCAAGACUCUCUUGGCGGUUGAUCUUGAUCCUAUGGCUUUUGAUUUGAUGACCGAGAUCGAUGGUGUUGGAAAGGAGUGGCUCGAGACCAGCAACGAUGAACAGUCCGCCCCUUCUGAAUUGCACAUUUAUACAGCCAUUCUCGCAUACAAACGUGCACUUCACGUCUCGGUCCAAGAUUCCCACGCCCAGGCGGUUGCCUGGUACAACCUUGGUUGGGCUGAGUACCUCGCAUAUCGUGACUUGCACUCAGAGUCCACCAAGAAGGGCAAGAAGUCCCGCAAAUUCCUGAAGGCAGCCAUGCAGUGCUUCAAGCGAGCAAUUGAACUGGAAGCCGGCAAUGCUGAUUUCUGGAACUCAUUGGGUGUGGUCACUACUAGCAUGAGUCCUAAGGUCGCGCAACAUGCGUUCGUGAGAAGUUUACAUUUGAAUGAUCGCAACGCGUCCGUCUGGACCAACCUUGGAGCGCUCUACCUCAUUCACAACGAUAUUCAGCUCGCCAAUGACUCCUUCACACGAGCACAGUCAAUUGAUCCAGACUUUGCACAGGCUUGGGUAGGCCAAGGUUUACUUGCACUUCUUGUUGGAGAAACAAAGGAGGCCAGAGGCAUCUUUGAGCACGCUUUCGACAUUUCAAACUCUUCUGAGAUUAUCCCUAAGCGCCAGUACGCACUCACCCUCUUUGAUCAUCUUCUCACCGAGCCUUUGGCGUCAAAUGAAGUGUCCAAACUCAUUCAACCGUUCUUUGCCCUCCACCAACUCUGCAUCCAAGACCCAUCAGACCUACCGUUUGUUCAUAUCUCCGCCCUAUUGGCAGAAAGAAUGGGCGAGAGCGCAGAUGCUGAAUUGAGCCUGCAGGCUGUCUGCGCAGGAAUGGAAACCGAGUUCGAAGAAACGGAGUCACCUGCAUCCCUUUCGAAAUAUGCACAGGCAAAUGCCGAUAUGGCUCGAGUUUUGCUCGCUCGCCAUGUAUAUGAAGAAGCUGCAGAGAAGGCUGAGCUUGCGCUCACACUCUCUGGAGAGGAAGAUGCGGAGAAGUUCGAUCCUGAGGCUUGUCGGAAGCUUCGUCUAUCAGCACACCUGACCGCUGGUCUCGCAUUCUAUUAUACAAAGUCAUGGGACCAAGCUAUUGAUAUGUUCCGCGAUGCCCUAGAAGAAGCAAAUCAUGACCCAGAUGUAGUCUGUCUCCUUGCCCAGGUCUUGUGGGCCAAGGGUGGCGAGGAAGACCGGUCAGUCGCUCGCGAGCAACUCUUCAGUUGUCUCGAGAAGGACCCAUAUCACGUUGGGGCUACUACCCUCCUGGGUGCCAUCGCGAUCUUGGAUGGGGAUCGGGGUGCAAUUGAGGCCGUGGAGGCAGAUCUCAACAGCAUGAUCAUACGCGACGAUAUUGAUAACAACGAGCGAGCCAAACUGAUCAAACUUCAGACGACCAUUUCAGCCUUGGGCUUCAACGCCCACGCGAAUGUUCCCGAGGAUACCAGACGGAUUGGUGAAGCCUCUGCUGCGAUUAUGAUCUCGCCUGGACUGCCCGCGGGGUGGAUAGAGCUGUCCACGGCAUCACAAAAUUCCUCCGCAGCAGAAAUGACCGUGAAGCGCGCGUGUGAGGGCGUGCCACCCCACGGUAACCUCGAGGCUGCAGGUCUCAGUCAGGCAUAUGCGCACAGCGGUAAGAUCAGUGAUUCUCUUCGGGCUAUCAUGAUCGCGCCCGGGCAAUGCUAUGGCUGGGAGGAACUAGAUCAUCAUUUGUCUACCCUGUCUGCAUAA